GACAUUGGUUUAAUUCGAAAGACUUGGGGAUUUUUCAGUCGUGUCGGCUGAUAGAAAACAUGGAUCGUGAGAUAGACAUUUAAAUAUUUCUCUAACCUUGAAUAUUAUUAUCUCAAGCGCAUGUUAAACAAAGAUUUAGACUUAUGCAUUCAGGAUUAUUCAUCUGAGAACAUUUCAGUUUAUUAAUUUUUAUUUGGAUAUUAAUACUGACGUUGUAUAUAUGAUCUUCAUAGUAUUACUAUGACGGAUAAAGCACCAAUUAAAACAAAUAAGCGUCUACAACAAACUCAAGCUCAGAUUAAUGAAGUUGUUGAUAUUAUGCGAGUUAAUGUCGACAAAGUACUAGAGAGAGAUAAAAAUCUGUCUGAACUUGAUGGUCGAGCUGAUGCAUUACAAGCUGGUGCUUCUCAAUUCGAAGCUAGUGCUGGUAAAUUGAAAAGAAAAUUUUGGUGGAAAAAUUGCAAAAUGCUAACAGUACUUGGUUUAUUAGUAGUUAUUUUAAUUGUCAUUCUAAUUGUAUGGAUCGUUUCUGAACAAAAAAAUGAAGAUGAACAAAAUAAAAAUUUAUCUAAUGGUUUCAUGAUGAACAAUUCAUUGCAUUCAUUAUCUGAACCAGUGAUGUUGGAACAUUCAAAGGAAGGGAAACCUUAUCAUCAUAUAACGAAUUCGAAUAAAGUUAAUGGUGAAGCGCUAUCAUCUCCAAGUUCUAAUGAAAUAAAAUCUGAAGCAUCGGAGAAAUUACAAUCACCUUCAUUGUCAUCAUCGACUUCUUCUUAUUUCACCCCUUUCUCUUCGUACCCCACUUCAUCUCAACAUCAUAUUGAAAGUAACGAAACAUUCUUGUUUUAAUUGGAUUUUUCUCCGUGAAUCGAUAACUGAUUACUCUCCGAAUUGUGCCUGGGAUCAAUUAUCACUACACACAUUCAUUUUCAUACAUACACCAUCGAUGUGAAUUGAGAAUAGUCGAUAUCAACCAGAAUAAAUGAUACUUGUUUCUUUCUUUUAUGGACGGUGUAAGACACAAAAGGUUAUAUAUAUAUAUGUAUUGCUCACUUGUUAACUUGUUUUUUGAUUCCUUUACAAAAUUCAUAUCAUUGAUACCAUAAAUAAAUCAUUACAUGUGCAUUAAAAAAAAAUCGUUCGUGUAAUGUGUUUUCAUUUAUUCCUAGUGUAUUCUUAUCUGUCUGUCCGUCUCUCUGUUUGCUUGUACGCUUUUAUGUAAUUAUGUGACUGUACCACAAGGAUAUUACCACUGUUACUAUUUACUGUGAUGACUACUACAUACUUUUAAUUUAAUCUAAAUUAAUAGAAUAUUAAACUUUUUCUUCUGAUUUUCCUUUCUUUUUCUCUCGUUAUUUUUACGUGUAUUAACAAUAUGUAACAGGAAAAGAGAAAAAAAACGUAAUACUUGAUAAUUUCUUUCUAUUAUUCAUUUUGAUGUUCACUGUGUUAAUAUAUUAAACAAAGUACUUUGCACUUGUUCAUUUGUUAUCGUUCAUUUAUUU